AAAUACCGUGAUAUAAAUUUGUGGUCAUACCGCCCAGCACUAUACAAGAGUAAAGGAAAAAUGUAAUGAGAUUCGACUGAUUUGGACCCCAGCUCAUAUAGGCAUUUUGGGCAAUGAGAGAGUGGAUAAAUUAGCUAAACAAGCAAUUAAAAAAGAGAAUAUUGAAGUACAUAUAAAGAUGUCAAAAUCUGAAGGGAAAAGUAUAGUUUGGAAAGAAGCCAUGAGAGAAUGGCAACGGCAGUGGGACAGGGAAGCUAAAGGAAGACAUUUGUAUGCCAUUCAAAAUAAAGUUGGUACAGAGAGGAAUUGGGGAGGGACUAGGAGAGAAGAAAUAGUGAUGACAAGAUUAAGAAUAGGACACAGUAAUUUAAAUAGUACAUUACACAUUAUAGGGAAGCAUCCUACUGGUUUUUGUGAAUAUUGUCAGACAUUAGAAACCAUAGAACAUGUUCUUUUAAGUUGCAGAAGUUAUGAAGAUCAGAGGAGAAAUAUGAUGGAAGAAUUAAGAAGAGAUGGGUUGGUAGGGACAGGUAUUAAAGAUAUACUGCAAAGUGGGGUGAUUAGACAAAGCAGGAAAAAUAUUUGUAAUUUCUUAAGUAGAACGGGUUUGAUGAGGAAAAUAUGAUUGUGGAAAACAAGCUGGAGGAAAUAAAAUGGAAUAACAUUGCAGGAGAAUAAUCCAGAAGGUGGCGGUAAUGCAACGCUCUUGGAUGCAAGCCGCCGUUAAACCUCAAAGAAGAAGAAGAAGAACGCUAGUUUGCGAUAUGAGAGAACUAUGGCUUCCUCCUUGAUUAAGUGGUUAAGAGGAUUAUAUGUUUUUUUCUUAACAUGUCUCCUGUCCGUCCUUGCUUUUUUGAAUUUAGAAGAAUUAAAUGAAAUGAAAUAUGGGAUACAGAUUCUGCCCGAUCCUGUUAUUAUGGGACAGAUGGAAGAUGUGAUGUUGGUCUCUAACAAAUACAAGCAGCUGUAUGAGUGUCGUUUGCCAGCUCAGGCAGUGCGUUUCCAUCAGGACCCGGUGUCAGAACCUGAUGUUCAAGGCUACAGUGGCCCAGGAGUCCCUGAUCUCCUCAAGCCCAUGCAAACCGCACCAUGCCUGGUUAAGACCAAAGACUGGUGGACUUAUGAGUUCUGCUAUGGCCAGCACAUCAGGCAAUACCACUUAGAAGAUUCUGAGAUCAAGGGAGAUGUGCUCUUUUUGGGAUAUUAUGAUUCUGAGUUUGACUGGACCAAUGAAACUGCCAAGGCAUCUAAGCAGCAUAAGAUGAAGAGGUAUCAUAGUCAGUCAUAUGUCAAUGGCUCUAAAUGUGACUUGAACGGGAAUCCCAGAGAGACAGAAGUCAGAUUUGUGUGCGAAGAGGGCUCUAGUGACUAUAUCGCAAGGGUAGAUGAACCUCAGUCCUGCCGCUACGUCUUAACAGUACACACCUCUCGCACAUGCCAGCAUCCCCUCCUGCGCCCACCUUCCACUGCCAAACCACAAGGCAUUGUGUGCCAACCUGCUCUCAGUGCCCAGCAGUAUAUGGACUAUGUCAAUGCUCAAGUCUCUGACACUAAACGUAAAGUGGAGCAGAUCUCGGAGGAGCUCAAGAACCUGGAUGAAAUUCUGUCCAAGGAUGACAAGAACAAGGGAUUGCAGGACGACAAAACUGAUGAGGACCCUGUUGUCCAUUCAGAUGAGCCUCCACUUUCAGAGUCAGAAACAAAAGAGGAUGAAGUAGCUGAGGGGGGCCUAGUGAGAGAAGAGCCAGAGGACAAGGACUUCUGGGAGGGAGUUACCAAACCAGCAAGCACAGAGUCAAGCACUGACUCAGAGAACCCUCAGGACAGCCAAAAUGACAUAUUUGGAGAGGAAAAAUUUAAUUUUAAAAUCAUCACAGACCCUGCAGACCUCAUGAAAUUUGUACAACAUCUCAGAGAGAGCAACCAAAAAAACAGGAAAGCUGAGCUGGAAAAAGAGAUCCAGCAGUCAUCUCAGAAGAAAGAGGAGCAGGAGGAGGAGGAGAAGAAAAGAGAGGAGAGCGCAGCAGGAAGGGAGGUAGAGGAAGGGGAUGAGGAUGAAACAUUGCUGCAGGAAUUUGAAGAUGAGAUGGCAGAUCUGUCCGUUCCCUCCUCCAAGAUAGAAGAGAUAAAAGAAGAGAUGCAGAAAGAGUAUGACAACAUCAUAGAGGAAGCUCAGCAGGAGUUAGAGAAUGAAGGUCUUAAGGGCGAGUUUGAUCGCUCUCAGGCUACGCAAACUCUAGAAAACACACUGGGGAAACUUCUGGACCGUCUUGAAGACAAGACUGGACAUGAGAGUCAACUAGAAACAGAAAAAAAUACAGAAAUGCAUAAAAGCACACACACACAGCAUAAGACAGAGGGAGGCCCUUCUGCUGGCAGCCCAAACCUGGUUCCCAAAACACCAGCCCAAGCGGGCAGCAGUGGCGAGCAGGUAAAAGUCAGGGUGACUAAGUAUAAGGUGGGCGGAGGUGUGGCUGCAGGAGCGGUUACCGGGGGCAACGAUGAUGAUGAUGGUGGUGAGGGGGGUGUGAAGGUGAAGGAACUGGGCGAGGGCGACCCCCAGUGGCAGCAGAUUCAGGAAGUGGUCAAAGAGCAGCUAGAGAGAGCCGGCAUCAAGGCCGAAGGAAAGAUUGAGGUGAAGAUUUUAACCCGUAAAACAGCAGAGGAAGCAGGAGAUCAGUGGCUCACUGAGGAGGAUACAAAAUCAUUUAGAGAGCUUCUCAUCAACCUUCUGACGGGAGGUACAGAAGAAGUAUACAAAGAGCAGAAGAGACAGCAAGAGUUGGAGAAUAACUACAAAUUUGUCUGGGGAGACAAACAGGAAGAGAGCCAGUCCACAGGAAACAGUGAUUCUGAUGAAACAGACUUUUGAGCCUUUUCCUCUUCUCUCAAGCAGUUAACCUGAAGAAGGGCAUCCAGCGUUCUCUGAACUAUAAACUGCCUGGUCGUCACAUGCAUCAAAACCAAACUGCUCUCUUAGACCAUUUAAGUCAUGUGAACCCUGUGAGGGAUUCAGUCCACUGCCGUGAAUUCUUAUUUUCCUGAAUGGGCAUCUGUGAGUGGUUUAUAUUCUUGCCUGAUUUCAAUCUUGGAAUUUUUUUUUUAAACAAAUAUACAAAAAUACACAUUUAAUUUGUGUUGUGCUUUAUGUCUGUGUGUGACAGACCAUUCUCCUCUCUCACAUGCAGACAAACCAUCAGUUAGUAUGCAUGUCAAAGUUUGUUUUGCAAAGACAGUCUGAACCAACAUGUUCUCAUCCUUGGACAAACAGUGAUUUUGUUUGUCUUGGUUGCUCUUGAAAGUCAGAAAAUCUUGAUUCAGUACAGUAUGGCGGUGGAGCUUGAUGCAGAUUGAAUGAAUGAUAAGUCACUGUAAUGCAAAUUGAAGCAGUGUCCUACCAGUGUUUUCUUCUGGCACUUAAUUCAUAUGUUGUGUUUUGUUUUUAAUAUUGUUGGCCACUGGUUCACAACUGUGGAAAACAUCUACAGCUAUUCAACAAAUCCUGAGCCUGGCCCUGCCCUAAGCAAAUUAUUCAGUGUACUGCUUCAGUUUGAUCUUAAUUCUUAGUUUAGAACUUGGGACAAAAACUGUUGCCAAACAUUGGGAAUCUACUGCAUUUAGCCACUGAUUCCAUGUUGCCAGCAGACAAGGGCUCUCUUUGUUGUAAAUGUUUUGAAUGAUCAUCAUACUUUGGUCGAUUGUAAAUAAUGUUGCUACAGCAUUUGAUUUGUUUGUUGAUAAUUUAAGGCAUACUUUCAAUUUAAAGCUUCUGUAAGCAAUUAAGUAAAAAAAAAAAAAAACAUACCACUGAAAUAUGUCUUGAGACAUCACACUGUCUCUGUGAGAGCCCCUGUGGUUGGCAAACAGUAAAUUAAAGUAGAAGAAAAAGUCUGACGGUGGCCCCAGCAAACACAGAACGUUCCCCUACCGUCAGUUUUUGGUUCCCGUUUUUUUUUCUUUUACCAAAUACUAACGUUCUGGGAACCAAAAAUUGUUAGCUGGGCCACGAGAUACGAGAUUUUUGUACUACUAAAGAAAAGUUUAAUCUCAGAAACCUGUUGAAAAUACAUCGCAAAUUCUUAUGUGAAAGAUGACGGAACAAUAAAAUGUACGAUAUGC